UUUUUUUUAUUUCUGGUUCUUUACAUUUCUUUCAUCUAAAAUGAAUAAUAAUCAAUCAUCUGCAAUCGAUAUUCCUCCUAAAGUAACUCGCAUAGUGGCAUCCACCACACCAGAUGGCCAUUCGAUGUUGAGUUCCAUUGUUACUGAUAACCAUGGUCAUCAAGCACAACGUCAAAGCGCCACAACCGAUACGGGAAUCUCUCCAACCUACUAUACUUCUGGUGGUGCUCCUGUUAAUACGGAUCACUCUCAUGCUGUUGGAUCACCAGUGUAUGGGGAUCAAUCCCGCGUCUUCUUUUCUCACAACUCUACAUGCAGCUGCCUCGGGUCUGGUGUAGGCUGUGAAUGUUCAAAUAAAUGCUCUUGCUAAAGCUAGUUUCAUAUGUACUUCGUUUAUCAAAAAUAAAAUAUCCCCAAGUAAAAGUCUAAAAAAAA